AUGGACCUUGCCUCUAAGCCUAAUGCUGCAGAACAAUACAUCAGUCAAUUAUUGGAAGAAAAUAAAAGACUUAACCGAGAAGUCAAAGAUUUAUCUGACAAACUCAACAAUGCAUUAACUCUAAGUGAUGAACAAAUUAACUUGUACAAUGGGGAAGUUGGGAAAGUAAAACUUCUUAAGGAAAUGAUGGAGGAACUCAGAUUGAAGAUCCAGUCAGUUCCAAAAGAAUCAGUUACCAAGAAAAAGUCAACUAUGAGUACUGAGACUGUGAAUGAGCUCAAGAUGGAGCUCAGAGAAUCAGUUGGAGUGCAGAGUUUAUUUUCCGUGACAUCACCAAGGGUGCGGAUCUAA